CUAGAGGAUGAAUUGCGGGAUAUUAACCGUAGCAUGAGCAGCACUUUCACCGACACGAAUACCCAAUGGAGAUUCAACCCGCCGUCUGCCCCACAUAUGGGUGGAUGUUGGGAACGGAUGGUUCGAUCCGUGAAGACGGCACUCGGAUCAUUGCCCAUGUCCCGAAAGUUUGACGACGAGUCGUUCAUCACUUUGCUGGCUGAAGCGGAGCACAUGGUGAACUCGCGGCCUUUGACGUUUCUUCCAUUGGACAGCGAGGAGCAUGAAUCAUUAACACCGAACCAUUUCCUUAUGCUCAACUCAAACGGUGUUCGGCAACCAGUCAAAGCACCAGUGGACGAGAGACAAGCUUUAAAAGGCAGCUGGGAGCUGAUCCAGAACAAAUUGGACUCGUUCUGGAAUCGUUGGAUUGUUGAAUACCUUCCAAUAAUAUCUCGGCGGUCAAAGUGGUUCACCGAUGUUGCGCCCAUAAAGGAAGGAUCUUUGGUUGUGGUGGCCGACGGGAAGGUACGGAACCAAUGGAUACGUGGUCGUGUUUGUCGAACCUAUCCAGGUAAGGACGGAGCAGUGCGACUAGCGGACGUUGAGACAACUAACGGAAUUUUAAGAAGGAGAGCGGUUUGCAACCUGGCUAUUUUGGACGCAGCUAGGCAGGAUGAAAUAGCAGUGGGCGAUCGUGAUGAUGCAGAUAGCGACGGGCGCAGUAUAGCCAGCAGUCGCGGAUACGGUGCCGCUGAACAAGGGUUCGCAUGACACGAGGGGGAGGAUGUUGUGACGAAUGCGUCUAUUGGCGCGCCCCCGAAAGUUUAGAACGUUUGGAUACGAAAGUGUGAGUAGAGUAUUCAUGCGAAGGCGAACUGUCAGAGACGGUGAUAGGCGAUAAAUUGAUUUAUCAUUGUUUUGAUACCGUAUAGUGCAACCUGAAUUGUAAAAAUUUAUUUAUAAACUACCUUAUUGCGAAACAAAAGUGAACUAAAAAUACCGUAAAUUACUAAGUACGAGACCAAUUGUAAGUAACUUAAUUCUAGCUAUCUUGUGCUCUUCUAAUUAAUAAAAUCUUACAGCUUUGAGCUGAUUCUCACCGGCAAAAGGUGAAUUUUGCUACAAAGAGCUCCGAAAGGUAACCCCGACCGCAACAUUCUCAAAGAAUUGUGGUACCAUCAUGCAGCACGGAUCGUUCGUGCGCCAGACUCGGUCGCAAACUCGAGUGACUCAAAAUGCAACCGACAGAGGCUCCCAACCUUCUUCCAGUGAUGAUGCACAGGUACGAUUUCGGAACGACGGGGAUUUCGAACCUUCGGUGGUCGACGUAGAGCAUGGUGGAGACUACGAGUGUACGGAAUGUACGCGGCCCAACAAUGCCGAGAUGUAUAUGGUACAGUGCGGAAUAUGCAAGCACUGGUACCAUUUUUCUUGCGCGAAAGUGGGCAAAGCUACAGUACGAACUAGAGACUUCAUCUGUGAAAAAUGUCUACCGAA